CACGGCUCUCGCUCGAUGCAGCACUUGCCGCCAAGACCUCAACUUCGUUGCUUCUGAAACCGUCACAAUGGAGUUCCUGAACCAGCCCUCAGAGUAUUCAAAACUGUCAAACGAGACUGAAACCGAUGAUGAUGCCCUCGGUCCACGAUCCCCGUUUCACCGCCCGUGGCUCUCCGAAGUGGUUCACGAAUUCUGGCGCAACUACCAGCUCAUCGUAGUGAAGAGCAUACUCGUACUCGCCCUGAUGCUCGCCUCGGCCGCCCUUGGGGCGUUCUGGUCCCGCAGUUUCCCGCACACACACAUCCCAGUUGCACCGCCCACGGUCGUGCCUGAUGUCCCAUACGUAUUGGAGAGCUUCAGGCACGAUGAAAUCUUUGGCGUCGAGCCUACCCGCGAUGGUGGAAUGUUGAACGAGACAUGGGAUGCCCUACUCCCUCCGGGCCGCGGAUUCGUCCUCAUUCGCGACUACCAGAAAUACGGGCUCACCCCCGGCCUUCCCACUGGCGACGGCUAUUCACGCUUCUCGAUUUCGAUGUUUCACCAGCUCCAUUGCCUGGACUACGUCCGCAAAACGAUCUACGAGAUCAUCCUCAAAGUCCAGGAGGGGCGACGGGAGGAAAUUGACAUCUCCGAGCUCGAUCAGGUCGACCACCUGCCCCACUGCAUCGACUACAUCCGCCAGGGGAUCAUGUGCGCCGGGGACACGACGAUGGAGGGGGCCGUCUACGACCGGCAUCGCACCGUCGUCUUCGGGAUGGGGAACCCGCAUCUCUGCCGCGACUUCCGCGCCAUCUACGAGUUCACCAAAGAUAAUUUUGAGACUGUCUUCUAA